CUCUACUUGAACCAUUCUCUCGUAGACACCCUGCUUAUCUACAUGCCUCUCGCGCCACACGAUCCCGCUGAAUCGCCGCUCUUCUUCCAGACAAAUACCACUCGGGGCCUCUACCCCAGAGUGAAAUCCUCCAGAAAGGGCUAGAAAAGAGAAGAGAGGGACGUCCACUCUCCAUACUUCCCAUCAUGCUCCAGGCUCAGACUCAACACCUCUUCUCCCACCAGCAUCAGUACCCCCAGGCUGAUUCCACCUGGCUCCAGCACCAGCAACAUCAACAGCACCAGUCGCACUUCCAACAGCAGCAGCAGCAUCACUCCCUUGCGGCCCAGCAUGCCGCACAGGCACAGGCUCAACAGGUGGCCGCAGCUGUAGCUCAGCAACAACAGCAACAACAGCAGCAGCAGCAGCAACAACAGCAGCAGCACCCACACUACAAUCGCCUUGCGCUGAGCGGUGCCACCUCUGCGAACAAUCCCCAAUCCGCUCAGGGCGGUCCCGAUAGCACCGCCCUCGGAGCUGCUGCAAACAUGGACAGCAUGAUCAGCGAGGAGAAUCGCAAGGUUCUCGUGUGGGUUGCUGAGCUGCUGGAUCCGAGCCGGAGGGAGACUGCGCUCAUGGAGCUGAGCAAGAAGAGAGAGCAGGUCCCCGAGUUGGCCUUGAUCAUAUGGCAUUCAUUCGGUGUUAUGACAUCGUUGCUGCAGGAGAUAAUCUCCGUCUACCCGUUGCUGAAUCCUUCCCAGUUGACUGCCGCUGCGUCAAACCGAGUCUGCAACGCCCUUGCUCUCUUGCAGUGUGUCGCCUCUCACAAUGAAACGCGGACUCUUUUUCUGAAUGCUCAUAUUCCACUCUUCCUCUACCCGUUUCUCAACACCACCUCAAAGUCCCGCCCUUUUGAAUACCUUCGCCUCACAUCCCUGGGUGUGAUCGGUGCUCUGGUGAAAAAUGAUUCGUCGGAUGUCAUCAACUUCCUUCUUACAACUGAAAUCAUCCCCCUCUGUCUACGGAUCAUGGAAACCGGAUCUGAGCUGAGCAAGACCGUGGCCAUCUUUAUCGUUCAAAAAAUAUUGCUCGACGAUAUCGGUCUCGCCUACAUCUGUGCCACGUACGAACGUUUCUAUGCUGUCGGCUCAGUCCUGAGCAACAUGGUCACUCAGCUUGUUGAGCAGCAGACAGUUAGAUUGCUCAAGCACGUCGUGCGCUGUUUCCUUCGACUUAGCGACAACAACCGGGCGAGAGAAGCCCUUCGUCAAUGUCUGCCGGAGCCACUUCGUGAUGCUACAUUCUCCUCUGUUCUCCGUGACGAUGCUGCCACGAAACGAUGCCUUGCUCAGCUUCUCAUCAACCUCUCCGAUAACGUUGUCGACACGUCUGCAGGUCCUACCAUUUAGCGCAGAAGGCCCUCGAUAUUCACAAUUAUCAUUGUGAAAGAAAAAAGAAAGAAAAUAAUCGGCAAUAUAAAAAGGAUCCUGUCAUUUUUAUAGAUAUGGUGACAAACAGGAAAGCAAAAAAAAGGGGAAGAAACGCUGCUGCUUCUUUUCUUUUUCCCCUCGCUUUACUUUGGUGUGAUUAAUUCUCUUUGAGCAUUUGAGAGUUGCGGGGAAAGAGAUAAGGAAGCCUUUUUGCCAUAUACCAUGUACCAGAUUUUGCCUGUUUUUUUCCUCGCCUUUUCUACAUGUGUGGGCGGAUUUUGUCCGUCUGAUACAUACCCCCUUUCGUUUCAAUCGCGUUCAAUGGUGUUUUCAUUAGCUGCUUAUUACCAAGUUGCUUUUGCAUUGUUAUUUUUGAUGUUUUUUUAUUCUUUCGCUCAUGGGCACUGGCGUGUGGGGAUUAUGGGGAAUCGAUCGGGGAAUAGGUGUGUGGCGAUAUAUGGUCUUCUGGGAGUUUUUAUGCCCUUCUGUUUCAAAACUCAUGUCUUCACUGUUUCCUCGCAAGUUGCCCCUAUGGUUGAUAUCACAAACAGCAUAUUUUCUCUUAUUGAUGUGUGGGAUUAGCGAGACCAUCUUAGUUUCAAGUUUGUGGGGGUUGUUUACUUCGCUUUUGUUCUCUCUGAUCUGCAAUGCUUCCCUGAUGUGCGGUGCGGCUUUUCAAUCUUUUUUGGACAAAAAAGCAAUAUUUGGUUCAUUUCAGUGGGCGAUAUGAUGGGUGGUAUUCUCCUUUUCCUUUUUUUUCCCCCUUCUUUUUUCCCUCGUUACCGAGCUGAGAAGAUGGGGCUUUGGGCUUUUGGGCUUCCAACCAUCCGCUUUCUCAAUGGAAUGGAUGACGGAAGCUGAUCGGGUUUCUCUGUGCUCUUU